AAUUCGCGCUAUCAUCACGCCAUAGACUUCUGAACCGUCCUUUCAUUCACCAUAGUGAAAACUGGUAUAAUGUCUGAAAGUGAAAAGAAAGAAAUAAUUGCCCUCAUCGGCUUGGGCACAAUUGGUCUUUCAUUUGCCGCACUGCACCUACGCUAUUCCAACGCCAACCUCAGACUGUACGACGUCCGCAGUGAUUUGAAGGAGCAUAUCGAAAGGCUCUUACCGGUGUAUCUUGAAUCAACAAAGAAAGAAAUUUCAAAGGUUGAUCUUACAGUCGAGAAACUCGUUGCGGACGGUCGACUGCUCAUAUGCUCUUCAAUCGAAGAAGUUUGCUCUGGCGCAACAAUCGUCCAAGAGCAAGGACCUGAUAGUGUUAAUUUCAAAAAGUCCAACUGGGCUGAGGUCGUUAAAUACGCACCUUCAAGUGCUCACUUAUGGAGCUCCACCUCUGGGAUAAGUGCAUCGAGACAGGUGGAGGAUCUAGAGGACAAGACCAGAGUUCUCGUGGUUCACCCUUUCAAUCCGCCUCAUAUAAUGCCAUUGAUUGAAGUCGUCCCCUCGCCUCAUACGGAACCAGAACGAACUCAAUUUGCCAUUGAUUACUUCAAGAAUCUCGGCUCCGGUCAUCGCCCCGUCAGAAUCAACAAAGAGACCCAAGGCUUCGUCGGAAACCGUCUAGCAUUCGCUCUAUUCCGCGAAGCUUGUCAUCUAGUCUCAAACGACGUUGUCUCAGUCGAAGAUCUUGACACUAUCGUUGAGGCUAGCAUAGCACCGCGUUGGGCGGUAGCUGGACCAUUCAAGACAUAUAACAGUGCCGGCGGGAUUGGAGGAAUCGGGGCAUUUCUGCAUAAUUUGGCAGAUACCAUGGAGGCUUGUUGGGAUGACGCAGGCGAAGUUAGUCUCAAGGGGACGUCUGCGACUAAGCAAGGGACUGAUGCUGGUGGGGAUUGGACGGAUAAGAUCACGACGGAAACGGAACAGGCUUAUGGACUACCAACAGCAGAGUCACUGGCAGAGCGUGAUCGGAACUUGCAGAAGGUCAUAGCAGCUCAACCAAAAGGAACUUAGUGUUUUGGCACUCUCACUUCAGUCAUGAAUAAUGCUUUCUAACACCAA